CUAAAUCACCGUUAGUUGUUCGAGACUCGUGGGUUCCUCCGCUGGCCGCACGGAACUUAACGCUGAGUAUCUCCUUCUUCGCACCUUCCCAAUUGCAAUUCUCCUUCCUUUAAUACGAAUUAGAAAAAGAGGUUGAAUGCUAUUGCUCAUCAUUCAUCAAAGAUAUCAACCAUUUCGCAAGAAGUCAAGAAAGACUCAAUUUAGCCCAGAUUUUCAAUUGCUGGGUUUCUUGAGAAGAAGAAGAAGAAGAAGAAGAAAUGUCAGUCAAGAUUGAGUCUUCAUUGCCCACUGUUUUGACAUCUCUUUCUUCCCCCUUUCAAUCCAAUGGUACCCCCAAGAUUAGCUCGAGAAUCAGAUUGCUUGACCUGCAGCAGCGUCUCGGUGCAGAUGAUGCAAAGAACGUUAAAUCUUUUAGGGUCAUUAAAGCCCAUACACGAAGAGCUAAGGAUGCACGGAAGGUCCUCAAAGAGGCGAUUCGCCUUAUUUGCUAACCCAGAAGAUCAACAACUAUCCUCUGAUGGAAGGUCUGGAUUUAUUUCAUUUUAUAACCGUCAUUACAAAAGAGAAGAUGGGACCGGGGUCGUGUCGGAUCGUGGAAAGAAUGAGGGAGAUCUGUUAUGGGUUAUGGGUCCCACAGUUCUCGUUGCGUCCUUCAUAUUUCCCUCACUCUGUUUACGAAGAAUACUUGCCUCCAUUUUUGAGGACUCUCUACUAACCGAUUUCCUUAUAUUGUUUUUCACUGAGGCACUCUUUUACUGUGGAGUUGCAUUGUUUCUCUUCCUAAUCGACCGUUUUAGAAGGGUCCCACCACGUGAGUUGGCGUCUUCUGGAAAUGAGACAUAUAUUGCGCCACCAUUUGGAUACAGAAUCUUUUCGGCAGCUGCUUUGGCUUCGAGCCUAACAAUUCCAAUGGUAACAAUGGGAUUCGUUUGGCCGUGGACGGGCCCCGCAGCUUCUGCUACACUCGCGCCGUAUCUUGUUGGAAUCGUCGUGCAGUUUGCGUUCGAGCAAUACGCGAGGCGCGUCGAGUCGCCAUCGUGGCCUGUUAUUCCUGUUGUUUUUCAGAUUUACAGGCUUCACCAACUGAAUAGGGCAGCACAACUGGUGACAGCCCUUUCAAUGACAGUGAGGGGAGCCGAGACAACGCCGCACAACUCUGCCAUAAACAGCUCGCUUGGGACCCUCCUAAACGUCCUACAGCUGCUCGGCGUGAUCUGCAUUUGGUCUCUUUCGAGCUUCGUCAUGAGAUAUUUUCCUUCUUCCACUGCGACACUACCCGAUGGCUCAGGUUCGUGACUUUUUUUUUUCCUUCUGAAAGGGGAAAUGAAAUGGGAAAGCAAAAAUAAGCCCAGAGAAAUGUGGACUGUCUGGAGUUGCUCUUCUGUUUUGAAAUGUCCCUCCAGAUUGCUUGUAGUGGUAGUAUUAUAUAUGUGUGGGCACAUGAAUCUGAAAUCUUUUAGUUAAUCAAUCCUAUCAGUUUCAAAACCAUUAAAACUGAGACAUAACCUGGGGGGAUUGCAAGAUCAUUUUAAAAAAAAAGAUCAUGGUUCUUCUGACACCCAAUGCAGUGUAGGAGGUAGGAACUACUUUAGGGUCCAACAGAGGCACAUAGGGACUUGGUGUCAUAAUUUGACACCCAAUGCAGUGUCAAAAGAACCGUGGUGGCAAUAUGUGAUCAUAGAAUGUUAGAGAAAUGUUUAUUCACGCAUCCCACUGUAUUUUUUGGUAUUAUACGUUGACAUUAUUUGCAUUGUACUCCUAUUUUGAGGAUUAAAAAAAUGGAGUUCCU